AUGGCUACGUCGACUUCACCGUCUACUACCUCACAGUAUCUGAGGCAGAGGUUGCGCAAACUAAAGAUAUAUGAAGUUUCAGACCUUAUGCAGCACAUCAAGACGUUCAAAGAAACAAUGGGUGAUUCAGUGAACGUGAAAAUUGUUGACUUAAAUAAGUUAUCAAUCUUGUUGUGUUCUCUUCCCCCUCUGUUGACAGCACUUACGUGUAACAUUGAGAAGGUUGAUGCUUCGUUGCGCUUCCCUCAUGAGCGUUGGCCUGAAGUAAUCUCAGUGAAACCUAGAGCUUUCCUUUACCACAAUUUCUUGAAAAGUGAAGAAUGUGAGCACUUGAUUAGCCUCGUUAAACCUUAUAUGACAAGGUCGCGGGUGCGUGAUUCAAAAAACGGAGGGGGAAUAGAAAGCAGCGUGAGGACGAGCACUUCCAGUGCUAUAAGAAGAGGACAUGACAAGAUCGUGGAAGAGAUUGAAAAAAGGAUUUCAGAAUUCACCUUUCUUCCUGUAGAAAAUGGAGAAAAUCUUCAAGUUAUCCAUUAUGAAGUUGGGCAGAAAUUUGACCCCCACUUUGAUGGAUUGGGAAGAAUUGCUACUUUCCUUAUGUACAUGUCGGACGUUGAGGAAGGAGGCGAAACAGACUUCCCUAAGUCCAGUGGACUAUCUGUUUCGCCAAAGAAGGGAGACGCUCUACUCUUCUGGAACAAGAGGCCUGACGGUUCUCAAGACCCUUCGAGUUUGCAUUGUGGUCGUCCAGUAAUCAAAGGAAACAAGUGGGCAUCAACUAAAUGGUUUCACUCUCAGGAGUUCAAAGCUCCAACAAUAAUACACAUGCCAUAA